AGUUUCUUGGAUGAAAACAAUCUCGUAUUAAAUUUUUGAUUUUGCUAUUGUUGUUCAUUAUUUUGUGUUUUGUAUCGUACCGUACGUGCAUGAGCCGUAGAAAAGUAGUUACUCCACUCAUGUCACAAAUUUCUUUAUAUUCUGCCUUCGUAUGUAACGAAUUAUUAAUAUUUUUUCAGUAAAACAUUGAUUCCAGUCAACAACUCGCGCUAAAUUUAAUCAUACCACGGAAAUAUAUGAUAUUAACCGAACAAGAGCCUGGUGUGUUAACCGUUUUUCACAAGUAGAAUAGAUUUGCGAAUCUUUAUAAAGUGAUCCAAUCAAAAGCACUAUAUUCCAAUCAGUAGCUAAUGGAUAUUAGUCAUGGAGAGAAUCUACAGACCUAAAUGCUCCAAGGUAAUAUCUGUAAGGCAGGCUUUGCGUGAAUUCCAUCAGGAACUAUUGCCGGACGGUUGGAGACAUGUGCCAACUACGAAAGAUGAUAUUGCUACUGCCAUGGGAUUUAGUGGUACAGAACAGGAGUUUAACGAACUGCUGCAGGCAGUGGAUCUAGAUCAGCAUCUAUCCAGUACAAAGGAUAUACGUAUUUCUUCCUUCCAUCCGGCACGUGUUCAAAACGUUCAAAAACCGGCCGAAAUCCCAGAAAAGGCGAACCGCUUUAAUUGCGUUCAGCAUGCCUUGAAAAUUACCGGCAAGUUUCGCAAAAAUUUGGACUCAAAAAUUCGCUACAACAAGCAUAAAUACUCGUGCAUCACUCGAAGUGAUGAACCGGAUCUAGAACCCUACAUGGAGAUAUUGCUUGAGAUACGAUUCUAUGAACCUUUCAAGUACAAACCAGGCAUCCGACUAGGACACCCCAAGUUUCAUCAAGAAUUUUACGUUCUUGGAACGCAGUUUCUAACUGAAUUGCGCGACAAAAUAUAUUGUCAAUGUGAUUUGGGACCUUUUUUUGAUAUUAGCGAAAACCCCCACAUUAACUCAAUUGAUAAGAACACUAACGUGGAAUCGCGGCCAAAUCCUGGCUUCUUCUUCAUUCACGAUACAUUUUACAAUGAUUUGAGAAAUGAAGACAGUUAUGAUUAUUCAGAAGUCAUCCGGAGUUGGGCCGAGCGCCAGAAAAAUGUUGGAGAACUAAGAACUCGAAGAAUGGAAGAAACAAAGUUUGAAGAUAUUUUUUUCCGGCUAGGUUACCCACAGGUUUACCAGCAUCAUGGGAAUUGUGAACACAUAUUUGUGGUUUCAGACUGUAGGCUACUCGCAACUUCCGAUGUGCUGCUGCGGAAACGAUACCCUAUUUUAAAUUCGUAUGCUUUUCCCAGAUCGAUUCCAUGUAACAUUUGUGGUCACUGCGAAGCGAAUUAUAUUGUCAAAAAUAGUGACCAGCACAUAUUUGAUCCUGCCUAUGUUUGCGAAGUAUGCUUUCAGUCGUAUCACUAUAAAGACGGGAAGAAAUUAGGUGAAUUCGAAGCUUUUCGAUUUCUGGGCACAAAAAUUGCCGUCAAAGAAGACGAGUUCGAGAAUGAUAGUCAUCCGUAACUAUUAAUUAUUUGUAUUUAUAUUUUUAUUUUAUCAUUUUUACGAAAGCCUGUUAGUUUACACUGUAUUUCAG